UUGGUAUUCUCUUUUAACCGCACAGUGAAUUGGAUCAACACUAUAUUGAGAACGUAUUGAAGUGAAUAAUACGAAUAAAUGAAAAAAUGUGUGUGUACAUAUCUACUUAUGUAGUAUAUUUAUAUCUACCGGUGUUGUUAUAAUUUUGAACAUUGACAGAGAGUGCAAGGUGUCAGCUUUACGUGAAACGUGAUCAGUGAAUAGAACAAUUUUGUUGCAUACAUAGUUACCAUUGCAAUCUGACUGAAGCAUAAUAAAAGCUUGUAAAAAGCGGAGAAAAGUUCAAGCAUGUCUUCAGAUCGAUUCCACAAAGCCGCAAAAGAUGGCCUACUCGAUGUGCUAAAGGAGGCCUCACGCAAGGACGCCAAUGCCAAAGAUGACGACUCCAUGACACCUGUACUCUGGGCUGCUUUCGAGGGACGUUUAGAUGCAUUGCGCUUGCUCUGUGGAAGAGGUGGCGAUCCAGACAAAUGUGACCAAUUCGGCAAUACCGCGCUGCACUUGGCCUCAGCCAAGGGUCACCUACACUGCGUGGAUUUCCUUGUAAAAUUCGGCGUGAAUAUCUAUGCACUGGACAUUGAUCGGCACAGUGCCAAAGAUUUGGCUGCCAUUAAUAAUCGCGAUGACAUCUUGCGCUAUUUGGAUAGCGCCACAGCGAAUUUCGAGACUAAUGAGAAAAAAAAGGCAAAAGCUAUGCGUGAAGUGGCAGAAAAAAACUGUGAGAAACGCAUGCGCGAGUACAUGAAACGCCAACAGAAGCUUGAAAGCGAGCAAGUCGAUGUGAGCAACAAAGCAAUGGCUGCCACACUCAAUACCAAUAAGUCGAAUAUGCUGUCAACACUGAAACAAAAGAUUUGGUCAAGCCAGGGCAAUCUGCACAAACCUUCAAGGGAAACGGCGCCUGCUGCAGCGCCAUGUCCCAGCAUCAGCAGCGGCAGCACAGCCACCAAAUUCAGCGAGCUCGUAUCACCAGGCAGUGGCAGUGGCGGCAGCAUGGGUUCGAUUGCGAGUCGCGCUGGCACUGUACAGAAGAAGUUGCGCGGUCAACAUCUAUUACAGCAGCACUCCAAUAAAGGCGAAGAGACCGGCUUUAAGAUCGGUGGCAUCGAGCCGGAUGGCAAACGCACUGUAACCUCUCUCGUUGGCGUACAACGCGACUCGGAGGUUUUAUAUGUGGGUACAUUCAGCUCGAACGAAGAGAGCAGCAAACGCGGCAAAAUCAGUGAUGUUUUCGAAGUCGACGAGCCGAGCAGCGAUCGAGAACGUGAAACUAUCAAGCUAGGGUAUGGUGCGCUCUCGCGUUCUUUCUCACAACCAGACAUACUAGGCGAUUCGCGUACAUCCACUGGCCGACUUGAUGAAGAGUUCGCAAUGCAACGCCCAGCGGGACUUUUCGAUCGUCCAAUGUUGGGUAGCAUAGCAUUUCGACGUUCGGUGACAGCAGCGCUGAGUCAACUGCAACCAGAUAUGGAAACAGCAGGCAUUACAGGUGCCGGAACGGUAACCGGCCGACAAGGCGCGGCAACAACAGCGGCGAAAGCGCGUAGCAAUAAACAAAGGUCUUUCCUCAAUAUAUCUGAUUCAGAUUCCGAAGGCGCAGAUGGGUACAGUGAUGAUGAGCAGGAAAAUGCAGGGACGCCAAUAGCGCGCUUUCUCACCGCCUGGGGCCUGGAUGAGUAUUUGGCUGUCUUCCAGAAGCAGCAAAUCGAUUUGGAUACUUUGAUACUACUAACAGAGGCGGACUUGAAGUCCCUAGCACUGCCGCUGGGCCCAUUUCGCAAACUUACUUGCGCCAUACAGGAACGUAAGAAUGCGCUCGCUAAUCCUGGUGCAAUGACGGACAGCCGACUUUGAGCCUUAUCUAAAGUUGUACACACAGC